AUGCAUUGUCAAGAUUUUCGAUCACCAUAUGGCACAUUAGUUGAUUGUAGUAAUCGAACGCGAAUCAAUUGUUCAGAUGAACAACGCCUGCUCUACUUUCUAAUGAGAAAUUAUUCCAAUAGUGUUCGACCAGUCCACAAUGCUAGUGUACCGGUACCAGUGAAACUUGGCUUAACAUUAACGCAAAUAUUUGAUAUGAUGGAGAAGAAUCAAAUAUUGAUAACAAAUGUAUGGCUUGACCAAGAAUGGCAUGAUGAAUUUCUUCAAUGGAAUCCUGAUGAUUUCAAUGGAAUUCGUCGUCUCAAUCUCCCAUCGAAACUCAUCUGGUUACCAGAUAUCGUUCUCUACAAUAAUGCCGAUGAAUUUUCUAAUAGUAACAUAAUGCAAACGAUGGCAAUGAUUAAUCAUGAUGGAAGCGUCUUUUGGCCGAUCCCAACUCGAUUGAAAAGUACAUGUCAAAUCGAUGUUACGUAUUUCCCAUAUGAUGAACAAGAAUGCAAACUUAAAUUCGGAAGUUGGACGUACAAUGGUUUUCAGGUGUCGAUUGCCGAACGUGACAAUGCAAUUGAAUUGUCAAAUUAUGUUCCGAACGGUGAAUGGGAUCUAUUAGAUACAUCCUAUCAAGUUAAUAUUGUACGAUAUCCAUGUUGUCCUGAACCAUUUCCAGAUAUUACGUUUUACGUUCGAAUACGCCGACGAAUUUUGUAUUAUUUAUAUUCAGUUGUUUUUCCGUGUGUAAUGUUAUCGAUCUUGACUCUAUUGGUGUUUUGUUUACCUCCAGAAUCUGGUGAAAAGAUUGCCUUGGGAAUCACUGUGUUACUUGCAUUUAGUGUUUUUAUGUUAGCUAUCGCUGAAAGUAUGCCUGAAACGAGUGAAUAUAUUCCACUAAUUGGUUUAUAUCUAACGACAGUUAUGUCAAUGACAAGUGUCUCAGUCAUGAUGACUGUACUUGUUCUUAAUUUGCAUUAUCGUGGUCCAAAAAAGAAUGAAAUACCAUUUUGGUUACAACAAUUAUUGGGUUUAUCUUUGGUGAAUAUUUGUCGAACGGUGACGAAAUCCAAACGAUUUAAAUUGCCAUGUCCUGAAAAACAAUCUGUCGAACGGAAGAAAAGUAUCAAUGACAUAGAUAAAAGUCCUCGAUCACAUAGCCGUAUGACUCCUAAUGGACUCAAAAUAACUUGUACUCGCGAAACAAAGCCAAUACCAAGAAUUACCACAGCAGCAACUGAUAUCAAUUCAAUUCAAAUCGAUCUGUUAACUUCUCAGGAACAUGAAACAAAGCAAAAACCUAAACGUCUAUCUCGGUUUCAACAAGCUGAAAACUCCAUCAGGCGUCGUUCAGCAUCUCGUUCAACCUCCGCUGGACCGAUUCAAGAUGAAAUUCAAGAAACCCUACACAGUCUUUUACGUACACAAAAAGAAUUCGAGCGUGAUCAACGAAUCACCAGCGAUUGGCGCGUCAUCGCAACAAAAGUCGAUAAGAUUCUCUUUUAUAUUUUUCUUCUGUUAACAGUCGUAUCAACACUAACGUUACUUGUUGUUGCCCCAUUCAUUCGGUCACGUACACAAUUGAAAACAAAACUAUGGCGAGGAACUCGUCGACCGCAAUCAGACUGA